AUGGUGACCGAAGAUAACACAAUACAGUUCUGUGAAGAGGGCAUGGAAAAUGAACCCUGGAAAUUCCAGAGGUGGGAUCAGGUGCAUAGGAGGGCUGUGACAACGUAUGGUUUAAGUCCAGCAGAUUUCAUCAGUUCAUGGCAUUCCAUUACGGCAUAUUCAAACCCAGAGGUACUUAUUCAUCAUAAUCUGGGAGAGAUGCCAAUGAAAAUUGAUGUGCAGGUGCGAGUUAACCAUCCUGUUCACGGAUACAUUACAUUUCUUGCCACUGGGUCUGGACAAACCGGCCCGGAUCCUUCAAAUCCAUUCGGGGGAAUAAUAUACCUUUAUGAUUCAAACUCUGUUAAAAUAAUGGCCCCAGGACCAAGUACCUGUACAUCACCUUGUCCUGGAGGUGUGGCAUACUUUGGUGAUAACGGCUUUGCUGGACCAUCAACAUCAAGUGGAGUGAUCCUUUCCGGUGAAGUAAAAGUACGCGCUUGGAAAACAUGUACAUUCGCCAAACCAUCGACUAUUUCUGCUGCUUAUCCAAUCAGUAACAAAGAUACAGAGAACUAUUAUAAGAUAUCGGUUGGUGUAUCUCCAGAUCUAAUCCUUGCCAAAGUGUUCUUUGAUGAUGGGUGGAUAAUGGACGCACAAGGUACCGUUUCCUUCACGGGCGGAUCAAACGUUGGAGGGGUACAAUAUGUGUAUGAUGUACAGAAUGUAUACAUAAGAACACCUAGACACGGAAAAAUAUUUAAUGGAGUAGGAUGGGGAAGUGCUGGUAACAUAGAGUACAUUAACGGAACAGUCAGGGUCUACUCGUGGAGUUUCAUGGAACUGGAAAAUGAUCCGGGGCUGGAGACGGUACUCUACCCCGGAACUACCAAUCCAACCUAUCAGCAGCUGACAUACAAUCCCUCUAAUCAAUCCAUUAUACUACUGAUCAAUGCAGCUUCUCGAGAUGUAAAUAAUUACGGUCUGUCGUUUCCCUUAUCGGGAACAGCCAUGACAGAUGGUUCCGGUGUGACUGCAAAUUACGGGUCCUCAUUCUUCGCCUAUGAUGAUAGUCACUUGUACAUUUGGAGACCAUCCCUCACUAAUGGCUGUGGAACCUUGGUAGGCGGGAAAUGGUCAGAUAAUGCGCGGGACAAUGUGUCAGACUGCUCCCCUUCUCCUGAUAUAUAUGUCAAAGUUAUCCAAGCUAAUGUAGAAGAACCUCCGUGUGUGGAAAAAGGGUGUGCUGGUACACCCGCUGGACCGUUUUGUAACUGCGGAGGAACAGGUUUUAAGGGACAGUACUGUACAAUGCCUGUAGCUUGUCCUGUGUUUGUGUUUGGAGUUGAUGCAAUUAUGGCUGACUAUGAGGAUAAAACCUACCAGUAUAUGGAAUGGGCCACUUUUUCUUGUAUGAAGGGGUAUGAAUAUAGUUCAGGUUCCCAAAACAGAUCAUGCCAGGCUGACGCCACGUGGAGUGGAACGCCCUUCACCUGUACCCUGGGCUGUGGUAGCCCAAACCCGCCACCUGUUAACGCCUAUCAGACUAACUUCGGUAAUACCUAUGGAGCGGUAGCCACGUUCUCUUGUAACACUGGGCAUGAAUACGACUCUGGAGACACGGCCAUACUUUGUCAAACCACUGGUUUCUGGAACGGAACAGCUCUCAACUGCAAAAAGUUAAAUUGUGGCGACCCUGGAACACCUCAGAAUGCAGUUUUGGAUCAUGCUAACAGUGACGUUGGGAAUCAGGAAUUUACAUCCGUUCAGACCUACACUUGUUACCAGGGUUACGAAUUAGUGACCGGAAGUCUGCGGGUUGAAUGUACACAACAUGGCAACUGGAGUAAUAUAGCACCCUCCUGUGAAAGUAAGAUAUGGUGUAUUCACAUUCAUUGCUAG